AUGGUUCAGCACCAAGAUGUGGGCGAACUGCAGAACGACUUCAGUUCAUUACAUAGUGACUUAUUACUUUCCAGUAUAGCUGCGGGCGAUGAGCUCAAUAGCUUCUCCGAACGGAGAAACCAGCGGAAACGUCUCGACACCGACGUGACUGCAGCCCGCAGUGCACCAGCAAGGAUACCUGUGGCCACCGCCGAGGAUUCACUGUCCCAGUCCGAAGAGAUCGUGAGCUCUCCCAAGGCACGGAAAGACCUGACUAACCGUGAAUGUCAGCUCGCUGGAUCAGAGUUCAGUCUGUCCGGGCCAGACCACGACCUGGAGCUGGACUACUACGACUACAACGUCACAAACGCUGGAGGCAUUCCAGGCUCCCUCCUGGGCAUGGACCCCGCCUACCUACUGUGGAUACCACCUUUCGCUCCAGGAUGUUGGGAGGAAGAAGGUGACAAUUUACUUUCAUACAGCAAUCAGCCAGAGCUUCAAUCACAGCAUGAGCUGCAUGUGUUCCCACUCAAAGGAGAGUACUACACACAAGUACCUCCAUCAGUGUGCAAGGAUCAGCAGGUUAAGGAUGAAGUGACAACAUUUUGUUCAACAGAUGUAGACAAACUCAUGGACAACAAGACUGCAUCUACAGGCAACAUCAGUACUAAAGAUCAAAAAACAGACACAAAUAAUGCCGCUAAUACUAUUAGACUUUCAGACAGUAUGUCAAAGUUAAUAGGCCCCUUGCAUCAUCAGGAGUAUAGCAAAGUUGGAAGUCUUGGUCAUGUCAUGAAUGUCAGAUCCAAAGAGGAUGUAAUGUUGAAGGAAUUUUCUAAGAAAUCUGAGUCACCAGUCAAAGUGCAUCAAAUAUGUAGUGUCAACAGUAAGGAAAGCACACUGAAAAAGCUUUCUUCUGCACAUGCAGAUAUACUAGACAAUAUUCAGUUUGCAGAUGAAGAUGAAGAAGAUGAAAGUAAAUGUGAUUCCCUGAUUAUAUGAUAAGUGUAUUGUUCAUGGAGAUGUUACCAAAGUGUCCUAUUUUAGGUAAAGUGACCCAGUAAGUAGAGUUGCUUGUUUUACAAAUAUUUUUCUUGGAAACAGAUGAACCACAAUAUACAUCUUGUUGUUAUAUUCAUAUCUCAAGGACAAAACCAGUGUCAAUAAAUCAGACAAAUGUAAAUGUUUCAUUGGUAAGCACCAUAUUGCAGUUAAUUUCCAGUAAUGAGAAACUGCUGGAGAAAAUAAAAUCUGAAGGAUAAUUUCCUUUGCAUUUGCCCCUAAUUCUAUUUCUCAAUUGCAAGCCACAUUCAAUGAGGUUUUUAUUUCUUUAUUUCUUUUUUUUACUAACUGACUGACGGAAAUGUUCAAAUAUUGGACACUGUUCUGAUUAAU